AUGGCACCUUUCGGCACUAUCUACUCCUAUCAGCCCAAUCCCCGGGUCAUGAAGGCCCAGGCUGUGGCCAAUCUGAAUGGCCUGGAACUGGCGGUUCCGGAAUUUGCUAUGGGCAAAACCAACCGUACCCCGGAUUUCCUGUCCAAGUUCCCUUUGGGUAAGGUACCCGGCUUUGAGGCUGCCGAUGGAACAACCCUAUUCGAGUCGGACGCCAUCACCCAAUACAUUGCCGAGAGCGGGCCGGCCGCUGACCAGCUCAUUGGAACUACCCCUGCCGAGCGCGCUACCAUCCGGCAGUGGAUCUGCUACGCACAGGGCGAGAUCAUAGACCCUGUGACGCAGUUGGCCAUGUGGCGUGUCGGUCUCCGGCCCUACGAUGAGAAAGUCGAGGAGACAAACCUCGGGCGUCUGGAACGCUCGCUGGAAUGUCUGGAGACUCACCUCAAGGGCCGCACCUGGUUUGUGGGCAACGAAAAGCUCAGCUUAGCAGAUAUCACUGCUGCCUCUGCCCUGAUCUGGGGUUUCCGAAUGGUCAUCGAUGCUGAGAUGCGCCAGAAGUACCCCUCGGUGGUCGCCUGGUACGAGCGAGUCCUCGAGACUAAGGGCGUCAAAGAGGCCUUUGGCGAGAAGAAUUAUAUUGAGAAGCGACAGGGCCACAACGCUUGA